AUGGGUUCUGGAAACAGUGCAGCAGCUUCAUCGAAAAUUCAUCAUAAAGCUCGAAGUAAAAACACAACAGCUGUUAGAGCUGAAGAUAUAGGUGAUGGAAAUAAUGAAAAUGAUGCGCAGCAAAAAAUGGAUUUACGUUUACCAUAUCAACAAUUCCGUGAAAUUUUUACGUUGAAAAAUUAUUGGAAAACUAUAAGACGAAACGAACGUGAUUGUGCUAAAACAAUGUUUGCCAAAUACUUGAAACAAAAUCCAGAAGUCAAAGAUGAUUAUGCAAAACUUAAGAAUAUUGAUGUGGAUAUGGUAAGUGCUACACUAACAGAUCCUGGUUUUGAAGCAGUUGCAACGAAUUAUUUGAAGGUAUUUGAUGAUGUGCUGACAACACUUGAAGAAAAACCUACUGAUGUUGCAGAUGCCUGUUCUCGGCUUAUUUCAGUUGGUAAAAUGCAUAAACAUAAAGUCAUGGGGAUGGAUGGCGGUCAAUUUCAGUUAUUGGAAGAACCAUUUUUGUAUAUGGUUAGUGAAGUAUUGCAAGAUCGGUACAAUGAUAAGGCCGAAAAUUUGUUUAGGAAGUUUUUUCAGUUUUGCCUUACAUAUCUUCUCGAGGGAUUCAAUUCAUAG